AUGCCUUAUAGCCACCCACAAACCCAACACAUCGCAGAGCAACAUAGCCACAUAGGCGCAUAGCGACAGCCUUGAAAUUAAGGGAGCACAGCGACGAACAGAAACAGACAAGUCUUCUGCAGGUACGUAGGGAGCCAUGUCGACGGUGCACGUCCCGGAGGUGAGCAGCGGCAGCGGGUCCCUGACCCUCGAGCCGGUGCAGCGGGCGCUCAGCAGCCUCGCAUCGACGUCGGCCACGACGCCCAGGUCCCCGCCGCCGUCCUUCGGGAGCAUCGUUACCGUGCUCAGCAUCGACGGCGGCGGCGUCCGCGGCAUCAUCCCCGGCACCAUCCUCGCCUUCCUCGAAGGAAAGCUCCAGGAGCUCGAUGGAGCCGACGUGAGGCUCGCGGACUACUUCGACGUGAUCGCCGGGACGAGCACCGGGGGCCUGGUGACGGCCAUGAUCACCGCGCCCAACGCAAAGGGCCGUCCGCUCUUCGCCGCCAAGGACAUCAACGACUUCUACCUCAAACACUGCCCCAAGAUCUUCCCUGCCGUCAGCGGCGGUGCUCUCGGCCUCCUCAGGAGCAUGAGGGGACCCAAGUACGACGGUCAGUACCUCCACUCCGUCGUGAGAGAGCUGCUGGGCGAAACGCGGGUGCACCAGGCACUGCAGAACAUCGUCAUCCCUACCUUCGACAUCAAGCUGCUACAGCCCACCAUCUUCUCCAGAUACGACGCUCUGAACGACGUCUCCAAGGACGCUCUCCUCUCCGAUGUCUGCAUCAGCACGUCCGCUGCGCCUACGUACCUCCCCGGCCACCAGUUCGAGACCAAGGACAAGGAUGGCAACACCCGGGCCUUCAAUCUCAUCGACGGAGGUGUCGCCGCAAACAACCCGACUAUGUUGGCGAUGACACACGUAAGCAAGCAGAUUCUAUUGGGCAACAAGGACUUCUUCCCCAUCAAGCCGGCGGACUACGGCAAAUUCAUGGUUCUAUCGCUAGGCACCGGCUCGGCCAAGGUGGAGGAGAAGUACGAUGCCGCCACAUCCGGCAAGUGGGGCAUCCUCAGCUGGCUCUACAACGAUGGUGCCUCGCCGCUCAUCGACAGCUUCAGCCAGGCCAGCGCUGACCUUGUUGACAUCGAGGCGUCUGUGUUCUUUCAGGCGCUGCACUCCGAGAAGCAAUACCUCCGCAUCCAGGACGACGAGCUCAAAGGAGAGACCUCCUCCGUUGACGUCUCCACCCCCGAGAACCUCAACAAGCUCGUCGAGGUCGGUAAGGCGCUGCUCAAGAGGAGAGUGUGCAUGGUGGACGUCGAGACCGGCAAGAGCGUGCCCGACAACAAAAGAGGCACCAAUGAAAAGGAGCUGAUCGAGUUCGCCUGCAUGCUGUCAAAGGAGCGCAAAGCCAGGCUCCAGAACAAAGGCGUAACAGUUGCACAGUAAACAUUAUCCAUGGGAUCUACUCGUCUGCAUGUCAAACAUUCAACUUCUAUGUGUUGUAUAGUAAUUGCAAGCCCAGUACGUCAAGCUUGUACAAUAUAAUUCAUUCGUUAAUCCAUUUGUAAUUUGUAAUUUCAAGAUUCAUCUGUACAAUAUCGUCUCGCAAUAUAUACUCCAAAUCCAAUACUAUAUGUAAGUCGGUAUGAAUCUGAGGGGCUCCAGAAUCGGUCGCCUCCUCUCUAUCUUAUU